GUCCGGCAGCUGCAAACGCCUUCGAGAAAGGGAGACAAGCGCUCCGCCACCCGCUCCCCUUUCUGGCACGGCCGAGAGAUCAUCUUCAAAGGGGAGACGCCACAUCCUUGAGCCUGGGGGGCGUCGACUUGUACCCUCCGCACGGCUUCCCGCGACGAGAACGCGAGGUAACGCUGCUGGCUGUGGGCGUGAGCAUUCUGACCGCCCAGCAGCUGCCUCGGCGCUUCACGCCUGACCUUCGCAACAAGCAUGGCCGACUAUCAGUAUAACUCGCGGGCUCCUCCUGGCCAACAACGCCAGCGCGGCUAUCCCGAUCAGAAUGGAAACUACCAACGAGAUGCCGCGUUCUCGAACAUCUUUGGCGCUGCCCCCCCUCCGGGCAGGUCCCAGACCAUGACAUCGGCCUCUGUCCCGCCAAUGCUUGACCAGGGACGGACGCACACAAUGUCGUCCGCCUCCGGCAUGCAUCGCCAGCCACCUCCUCGCCCAGGCCAGGGAUAUUACAACGAGCAGCAGCCCCCUCGACCUCGACCGGCCGACAACAACCACAUGGCAAACGGCCAUUAUCCGGGCCAACGCUCGGCUUCUAAUGGUGGGCCUCAAGUUCCCUCGUCUCAAGCCCAAUACUUGCAGCAGCAGCAUCAGCAAGCGAGGCGCCCUUACCCGGGGCCUCCAGGCGCGCCGCCUCCCCGGUUUGAUUCACGUGGCCCGCCGCUGCCAUCCGGAGGCCCCAGGGGUCCGGUUCCUAGGCUGCAUCAACCAGGGCCGGGUCCUGCCUUGAACAGCGACCCAUAUCGAUCGCAGUCUCUGGCUGCCAUGCCUCGGCCACAGAUGUAUCCCCCGGCGCAGAACUUUCAACAAUCAUCUGCAAACCAGUUUCGGCAAGCACCGUAUCAGCAUGCUGCCCAAUCCAGGACGACCGCUCAGGGCAGGGUGGUACCGGAACGACACGAGGAUCGCACAAUGUCGUUGACGGGAAUCUACCACCCUCGAGAAGGCGACGGUCAACAAACUAUGAGUGGGCGAAUCAUUCCCAACCGACGAGCGCCGGCCGAGCUCACCCAAGGGGCCGGAUAUCCCGCUCACAACGGCUAUGCCCCUAUGCCAGGUACCCAGACUCGCACGGCGAGCAUGGCUUCUUCGACUGGUGAUCAUGCAAGGACGUUCUCCAUGGCCUCGACAACUUCAACAAUAGCCCCAUCCGAGUCCGACGCCGGCACUCUUGUGCAGAGGCCGUCGAGGAGCAAGUCGAUUGAGAGCGAGCGCCCGACGACUGCCACGACCAAAAUCCGCCCUCCGCUUGUCUACCCAGCUCUCCUCUCGAGAGUGGCUGAGUGUUUCCGGCAGAAAAUCAACGUGGGCGACAGGACGAAGAACGAGCUUACGUAUAAGAACGCCUUUAGUGGCUCAGAGGCGGUCGACGUGCUGUCCUACAUCAUCAGGACUACCGACCGAAAUCUGGCUCUACUGCUCGGCCGAGCUCUGGAUGCGCAAAAGUUCUUCCACGAUGUGACCUACGAGCAUCGUCUACGAGACUCGCAGUCAGAAAUGUACCAGUUCCGAGAGACGCUCAUGGACGAGCCCGAGGGCAAAAACCCCGUCAACGGUGUCUUUGUCCUGCUCUCAGAGUGCUAUUCGCCCACUUGCACAAGAGACCAGCUCUGCUACUCCAUUGCUUGCCCUAGACGACUAGAGCAGGUUUCUAGGUUAAACCUGAAGGUUAACCCAGGAGGGCUGCGCAAGGAAGACUCGGCGAAUGUCAACGAUGAGGAGGUUGACCAGACGGACGAGCAAAAGCUGUGGAUCAACUCCGUGCCUAAGGAGAUCGCUGACGCGGUGAGCGAGCGGGAGAAGAAGCGACAAGAGGUCAUAUCCGAGAUAUGCUACACGGAGCGAGACUUCGUCAAGGACCUUGAGUACCUCCGUGACUUUUGGAUCAUCCCUCUGCGGUCAAAGGCCUCCCCGAUUCCCCUGCAACGCCGAGAAAGAGUGGUCAAGAAUAUCUUCAGCAACAUCAUCGACCAUCCGAGCGUCCACGGUGUCAGCUCGCGCUUUGCAAGCUCUCUUACUACCCGACAGCAAAAGGACCCUAUUGUCCAUAACAUUGGUGAUAUCUUCCUGGAGUUCGUGCCGCAGUUCGAGCCCUUCAUCUAUUACGGUUCCAGGCAGCUGGAGGCCAAGUUCGAAUUCGAGGCUGAGCGAUCAAUCAACCCCUUCUUCUCCAAGCUGGUAGACGAGAUUGAGCGGCGGAAAGAAUCGAGGAAGCUAGAGCUCAACGGUUACCUCACCAAGCCGACGACACGUCUGGCCAGAUAUCCUCUAUUGCUCGAGAACGUGUUGAAGUACACUGAAGAUGGCAACCCGGACAAGGAAGACAUUCCAAAGGUCCUCACCCUCAUCCGAGACCUUCUCGGAAGAGUCAAUGCAGAGUCUGGUAAAGCCGAGAACCGGUUCAACCUGCGAAGGCUGCAGGAGCAGCUUCGAUUCCGACCCAAUGAGCGGGUUGACCUGAAGCUUACCGAAGAGGGUCGUGAGCUCGUGUUCAAGAGCCAGUUCAGGAAGUCACCCACCGACCCUGCCGAACUCACUGCUUUCCUCUUCGAUCACGCUGUUUUGCUUGUUCGCAUAAAGCAGACUGGCAAAACCGAAGAAGUUAAGGCAUAUCGACGGCCGAUCCCGCUGGAGCUGCUGUCCAUCCGCGAGAUGGAAGAAGUGAUACCGUCGGACGGCGGCGUCAAGCGCUCGGCUUCCAGCAUCUUACCAGUCAUACGACCCAAUGCCUCGGAAGCGAAGAAGGGAGAGGGCUGGCCGAUCACCUUUAGGCAUCUUGGCAAGGCUGGAUACGAGCUGACUGUCUACGCCUCAAACCAAGCAGCUCGUAAGAAGUGGCUCGAAUACAUUGAUGCGGCGCAGCAGCGUCUCCGGGCCCGGGCAGACUUCUUCACCACCAACGUGAUUUCGAGCAACUUCUUUGUGGGAACCAACCGCGUCAACUGCGUCUCACCCUUUGACGGUGGUCGCAAACUUCUUUACGGUACCGAUAACGGCAUUUACAUGUCGGAUCGCAAGAACAAGGAUGCAGUGCCCCGACGCGUUCUCGAAGCGGCCAACGUCACCCAGAUUGAUAUUCUUGAAGAAUACCAACUUCUGCUUGUGCUCUCUAACAAGACACUGCAGUCGUAUUCCCUCUCUGCGCUGACAUCAGAUGAUCCUGCUCUGGCCAAGAGACCUAAGAAGAUCCAGAACCAUUGUAGUUUCUUCAAGUCUGGCAUCUGCAUGGGCCGGCAUCUCGUAUGCUGCGUCAAGUCUUCCACCUUGUCUACCACAAUCAAGGUGUUUGAGCCUAACGAUGCCAUGACCAAGGGCAAGAAGCAAAAGGGUCUCGGCAAGCUGAUGGGCGGCGGCUUUGACGAGCUGAGGCCGUUCAAGGAGUUUUAUAUCCCGACAGAAUCGUCCUCUGUCCACUUCCUCAAGUCCAAGCUUUGCGUGGCUUGCGCCAGGGGUUUCGAGGUUGUGUCCUUGGAGACUCUUGAGACGCAGUCACUCCUCGACCAAGCGGAUACUUCGUUGGAUUUCGUGGCUCGCAAAGAAGGUGCUAAGCCCAUCCACAUCGAGCGUCUCAACGGAGAGUUCCUCCUCAACUAUUCCGAGUUCUCCUUCUUCGUCAACCGAAACGGUUGGAGGGCCCGGCCGGAAUGGAGAAUCGACUGGGAGGGUUCUCCUCAGAGCUUUGCGCUCAGCUAUCCUUGGAUUUUGGCCUUUGAGCCUAACUUUAUCGAGCUGCGCAACAUUGAGAACGGCGCCGUGCACAUUGUGCCGCACAAGAAUAUCCGGAUGCUCCACAGCAGCACUCACGAGAUUUUGUUCGCCUACGAAGAUGAACGGGGCGAGGAUGUAGUCGAGUCCAUUGAUUUUUGGCAGAGCAACAGACGGUCAGACGUCUUUGGUGCGCUGCCGCCUUCACAAUCUGCACAGCCGCGAUAGUGGUAGUCCUUGUUCCUUGACAUUUUAGAUCUCUUAAUUUCCAGGAAAUCCUUCUUGUAUUCCAUGACAGCGCAAGGAUAUUGCGUCUCAUCGGUGAGAGCAGUAUGCCUGAGCGGGAAAACACUUGUUUGUCGAACACUUAUUUCUCUUUAUUCUUUGCCUCCCAAUUACAUACCUUGUAUGAAGCACUGCGAGUUGUUGGUCGGGCUGGGAACAGGGAAGGCUUGCCGCUUUACAUAGGCGCAGAGAAGAGCAAGGAGCCCG